AUGCGAGCCCAAAGAUUCGGUGCUGCGGCGCUGCGCCGGCUUCCUGCUUCGGGGCGCUGUGCAAGCCUCGAAACCUCGCCCAUUCCGAUUGCUAGGGCGCAUCUCUUGAGGCCCGCAAGCAGCGCUCAGGUCGUCAGGCAGGUGCAUUCGUCUCCUGCUCGACGCAAUGGAACAGCAUCUGGCGAGGCCUCGAAUCCAGCCAUGGCAUUCCCAUGUCUCGACGCGCUCGAGACAAGGUCGGCGACUCUGGAAGCCAAGUCACUCGCCUCCGGCCCCGAGCCGACUUAUACGGCCGGCGCAACCGAAAAGUACCAUUGCAAAGACCCUCUACUACUCGACUGGGGUGGUGUCUUGCCCGAAUUCGAUAUCGCAUACGAGACAUGGGGCAAGAUGAACGAAGACAAGUCCAACGUUAUCCUGCUAUACACGGGCCUUUCGGCUUCUUCUCACGCACACUCCACUCCCAGCAACCCGCAACCAGGAUGGUGGGAGAAGUUCAUUGGACCGGGAGGUUGUCUCGACACAGACAAAUACUUCAUCAUAUGCACGAACGUCAUUGGUGGCUGCUUUGGUUCAACGGGACCCAGCAGUAUUGAUCCCGCCGAUGGUCAGCGAUAUGCGACUCGAUUCCCGAUUGUAACAAUGGAGGAUAUGGUCAGAGCUCAAUUCCGGCUCCUCGAUGGCCUGGGCGUCGACAAGCUAUACGCAAGUGUCGGUUCGAGUAUGGGAGGCAUGCUGUCUCUAGCAUCCGGGGUUCUGUUUCCCUCUCGGGUUGGCCGUAUCAUUUCCAUCAGCGGUGCUGCGCGCAGCCACCCGUACAGCAUUGCCAUGCGCCACACGCAACGCCAGGUUCUGAUGAUGGACCCCAACUGGAACCGUGGCUACUACUACGACAAGGUCCCUCCCCAUGCUGGCAUGAAGCUGGCUCGAGAGAUUGCCACCGUCACUUAUAGAUCUGGUCCCGAAUGGGAACAACGAUUUGGUCGCAGGCGAGCAGACCCCGAGAAGCCACCUGCUUUGUGCCCCGACUUUUUGAUUGAGACGUAUCUCGACCACGCAGGAGAAAAGUUCUGCUUAACCUACGAUCCAAACAGUCUGCUCUACGUGAGCAAAGGCAUGGACUUGUUCGAUCUUGGAAGAGAUACCCAGCAAGCCGCUGCCACCCGGCGAGCACAAACAGAACAGGCGAUAGAGUCUGGAUCGCCAAUCACCUCAAAUGACCCGGCCUGUAGUUUGACGUUGCCAGAAAUUCCGUAUAUUGAGCAAGGAGAAUCAAGCGUUGAGGACACCAACUCUCCGGUCAAAGCAUCAUCGCGGCCACCUGAUGACCUGAUUGCGGGCCUUACUCCUUUGAGAGACAUCCCAACUCUGGUCAUGGGCGUAGCUAGCGACAUUCUGUUUCCCGCUUGGCAACAACGUGAAGUGGCCGACAGCUUGCGUCUUGGCGGGAACAGAAACGUCUCCCACGUUGAGUUGAGUGAGGAACAGAGCAUGUUUGGCCAUGACACAUUCCUGCUCGAUCUCAAGAAUGUUGGAGGCAAUGUUCGCAACUUCCUUGGAUAG